CCCAACCUCCCCUCACCCCAAAUUCUUCAGAUUGUAAAACCGAGAUUAUAUCAAACAACAUGUCCUUCCACACCUCCUGCCAGAACAUCCACCUCAUCAAGGAGGACGGCCGCACCAUCCUCCACGCCGAGGUCCGCCGCCGCAACAACGAGAUGGUCGCGCGGACGUUCCCGUUGGAUCGACACAUCGGGAAUGCGAACGGAGGCUUCCAAUGGGGCGGCCAUGACUUCACCCACAGCGCGCGCGACAUCGAACUCGAACAGACCGAGCGGGGCCCGCGGCUAACGGCCUUCCUGAAGGGUAGUGGUGGGGAAUACCGGGAGUUGCAGGGCUUGUACCUGGCCGAUCGGAUCAAGAACCAGGAUGGGGAGCUGAUCUAUCUGAAUUGAACAGUGCAGGGGUUUUAUGACGGGAGUGGAGCUGAUUGGGUUGGAAUUGAUGUAGAUAGGUAGCUGGGUUUGGGUUGUUGAUAA